CCCGCGCGCGCCGGUCCCCGCCGCCGAGUCUCCGCCGCCGCGGCCCCGCGCAGCCGUCAAGAUUCGAAGCGAUGUUGAUGGGGCUCGAUGGGGGAUCUGGGAGCCUGGAGGCCCGAUGAACUGAUGAGAGUCUCAGCGGUGAAGGAUGAUGGAAAGGAAAGCUCUCUGCGGGGAAAACCAGCAGGUUUUUUUUUUAAUGAUUGGAUGGAAAAAUGGAAGGAGUCAGGGACUAUGCCAAGAUUCCUAAAUCAGACUAAUAAGUGAGUAAUGACCAAGAGUCAUAACGUACUAGGGCAUGUAGGAGGAGAAGGCACCAGAGGGGGAGAACGACAGAAAGGCCCGUGGACUGUUGAGCGGGCUGUUUCAGGGUGUCCUGUGGUGAUGUGAAUUCCUGAAUGUCGUCCGCUUUGUCCACUUGGCCCCAAAGAGACUACUUUCGUCUGGAAAAACAGAGUCCAGUUGUCGCUCUGAGACAGUGCCUAGGGUUCGGUUCAGUCUCGGACCAAGCAAAUUGGAGAGAGAUGGGUGACUCAAACGAAGAUAUAGACCAAAUGUUCAGCAAUUUGCUGGGAGAGAUGGACCUUUUGACCCAGAGUUUGGGAGUCGACACUCUCCCUCCUCCAGAACCUAAACCGCCCAGAGCUGAAUUUAACUACAGUGUGGGGUUUAAGGAUUUAAAUGAGUCCUUAAAUGCACUGGAAGACCAAGAUUUAGAUGCUCUCAUGGCGGAUCUGGUAGCAGACAUAAGUGAAGCUGAGCAGAGGACGAUUCAGGCCCAGAAAGAAUCCUCCCAGAACCGACCUCAUUCAGCAUCCCUGGAUGUACCAAGUUUCAGUGGUGCAGCCUCUCUCGGUUACGGAGCAGAUGUUGCGGCACCGAAUAUUGGCCAAUAUGAGGACUUACCACCUCCGCCAGCUGAUCCCAUGUUCGACCUCCCUCUGCCACCACCCCCUCCUGAACCUCUCUCUCAGGAAGAAGAAGAAGCCCAAGCCAAGGCUGAUAAAAUUAAGCUAGCAUUGGAAAAACUGAAGGAGGCCAAGGUCAAGAAGCUCGUUGUCAAGGUGCACAUGAAUGAUAACAGCACAAAGUCACUGAUGGUGGAUGAGCGGCAAUUAGCCCGAGACGUUCUAGACAACCUUUUUGAGAAAACCCAUUGUGACUGCAACGUGGACUGGUGUCUUUAUGAAAUAUAUCCAGAACUACAAAUCAAAAGGUUUUUUGAAGACCACGAAAAUGUUGUUGAAGUCUUAUCAGACUGGACAAGAGAUACAGAAAAUAAACUGCUAUUUGUGGAGAAAGAGGAAAGAUAUGCUGUAUUUAAAAACCCCCAGAAUUUUUACUUGGAUAACAAAGGAAAAAAAGAAAGCAAGGAAACAAAUGAGAAAAUGAAUGCGAAGAACAAGGAGUCCUUGCUCGAGGAGAGUUUCUGCGGAACAUCCAUCAUUGUGCCAGAAAUAGAGGGAGCUCUUUAUUUGAAAGAAGAUGGGAAGAAAUCCUGGAAAAGGCGCUAUUUUCUUUUACGAGCUUCUGGAAUUUAUUAUGUCCCCAAAGGGAAGACCAAGACAUCUCGAGAUCUGGCAUGUUUUAUACAGUUUGAAAAUGUCAACAUUUACUAUGGGAUUCAGUAUAAAAUGAAAUACAAAGCACCCACUGACUACUGCUUUGUUUUAAAGCAUCCCCAAAUUCAGAAGGAGUCCCAGUAUAUCAAGUAUCUCUGCUGUGAUGACGCAAGAAUGCUAAACCAGUGGGUCACAGGAAUCAGGAUCGCCAAGUAUGGAAAGACCCUCUAUGACAACUAUCAGCGGGCCAUGGCCAGGGCAGGCCUUGCCUCUCGGUGGACAAGCCUGGGCACUGUCAGCGCGGCCCCAGCGGCCCCGCCUCCCACAGGAGUUAAAACAGGCACCACCCAGGCCAAUGGUCAGAUCCCGCAGGCAGCACCUUCUGUGAGUGCAGUUCUCGGAGAAACCCAGCGACAUACUGAAACAACCAAGGACACGAAGCCCGGCCUCGGCAGCCACGACCCCGGAGCGCCCAGGGCCCAGCCCCUUCCCAAGGCCAGCCUGCCUCCGCCCCCUCCGGUGCGACGGUCCUCGGACGUCGGCGGCGGCAGUCCGGCGAUGCCCCCCAAGGUCAAGGGCACGGCCGCCGGCUUCCCCGCCCCGCCCGACGACCUCCUGCCGCCGCCCCCGCCGCCGCCCCCGACGGAGGACGACGAGCUCCCUCCGCCGCCCCCCGACUUUACCGACACGCCCCCGGACUUCGUGCCCCCCCCACCGCCGUCGUUUGCGGGUGACGCGGGGCCUUCGCUGCCGCCGCCGCCGCCGCCGCCCCCGCCCGUCCUCUCCCCCGAGUCCGCGAAGCCGCCCCCCGUGCUCGUCAAAAAGCCGCCAGCUCCCCCCAAGAGGCAGGAGAACCCAGGACCACCCGGCGGGGGAGGCGGGGAGCAGGAUUUCAUGGCGGAUCUCAUGAAAGCUUUGCAAAAGAAGAGAGGCAACAUGCCCUAAGGGAAACCUAGAAAUAUCUUUGAGUGAUGGGUGUAAUCAUUGCUAACCUCAAGUGCAUUUUUGCUACUUUGCUUCCAUGACAUCUUGUUCAUUUUAGAUACAGUACUGAAGUACUCAGACUAGAAAAGCCAAUACAAAACAUCUCCCUGUUGCUCAAGUACAUUCAUAAUCCUUAACCUCAGACGGCGUUUACAACGUCUGCCUGAAGGUACAUAUCUUUCCUAUGUAUUUCCAUUCCAGUGGAUUUUAUCUUCCCUUCCGACUUAACUAAAAUGAUGUUUUAUGUUCAUUUAUUUUUAUGUUCCAAAGCAUCAAAUCAAUAAAAGUUUAAUUUUUUUCCUAAAGGUGGCAUUUCUAGAAAUAUCAGUAUAAACCUAGUGAAGUCUCAAUUCUAUUUUGUAAUAUACUUGACCUUUUAAAAAUCCUAGGGCUUCUAGUCUUGUUGAUCUUUGACACAUUUUCCAUCUGCAUCUCAGUGACCGCCAGAACUCUCAGAAACAUCGAAAGAAGAGAAAGAAAAAACCGGGAGAGGGAGAGUGAAUUUAGUUUCUUUGAGAUUCACUGCUUGACUAAUUGGAGUCUUGGACAUACCCCAGUUUGGUUUUGGUUUUCUAAUGGUUAAAUAACACAGUAAUUGGGGGGAAAAACGGUUUUUAGAGAGUUUUUGGAUUCUGUUAUUAUAAUGCUAUAAGUUGCUAUAAAUAAAAAUUUAGAGACAGGAAAAGGCAAUCACAUGAUAUUCUUCAACC